UUGAACAAUGGAAAACGAAUAUAUGUGUGAAGAAACUAUAUGCACUCUUUGCGACAAACUACUACAAAAUGAUACAGAUGAUAUCGUUCAAGUUCGUAGUAAAGGUCUAGAAACUUUUAUAAAUAAAAGUAAAAGCAGAGAGGAUGAAAAGUUCAAACAAUGGAUAGGAAAACAGAGUGUAAGCUUUCAUGAAAUUUGUAGAAAGCGCUAUUCGGCAAUACCGCAGAAGACAAGUAAAAGAAAAAGGGAUUCCUCAUUACCAUCUCCGCCAGCACAAAAUUUCUCAUUUUCAUUGCCGUCAUCGUCAACAGCAAGUGUUUCAGAUGACUAUAAGUUUGACCAAUAUUGCUUUAUUUGCAAUGAAGUAUUAGAUCCUUCUCAUAAAAAAGUUAGCUACUUAAAACGCCCGUAUACCUAUCAGAAUCUUUUGAAUGUUGCUUCUGAAAGAAAUGACGAUCUCGGUAUGUCGGUACUGAAUCGAUUGGGGGGUAUAUCACUUGAAGAAACAAAACCUAGGUACCAUUAUUAUUGCUAUAAAUCCUUUUUACAUAAAUCUUUAAUGCCAUCAGAAGAAGAAACUGAACCAUAUAACAUGGACAAUGAACCAUGUAAUUUUAAUGAUGAAACGGAUGAUUUAAUUGAAAAUAUAUACAAUUACAUCGAAGAAAGUGGAAAGUUUCAAUUCUUUUUAUCGGAAUUACAUGAUGUAAUUGAUACAGGUAUAAGUAACAAAGUAUUAUGCAAAAAAUUAAAAGAGAAAUAUAACGAAGAUAUUUUCAUUUUAAAACAUCGUGGCCGAGAAACACUUAUUUACUAUAAAUCAAUCAACUUAACAAAAAUUUAUAGCGAUUGGAUCAGUAAGAAAUCAAUCGACAAUUUUGAAAAAAAUGCUGUUGUAAAUUUCGCUGCAGAAAUUCUUCGAGCUGAAAUUGUGAGUACGAAAUAUGAAAAUUCAUCUUAUCCACCUGCGCAAAAAUUUUUGGACAACGUCAAUUCAGAAAUAUCCGAAUUACUGCAAAAUUUUCUCAAUCAUCUUUUUAAAGAAAAACAGGACAGUAAUAUUGAAAAUAGUCAAGUGAAAAGCGACAUUAUUGCUCAUGCUAUAGUCUCCUUUCUGCGUCCAAGAGCUUUUCUUUCUAAAUUACAAUUAGCUCUCGGCAUUUAUAUUUACAGAAAAACGGGAUCGAGACUAAUGAUUGAUCUUCUGUCUAAGUUUGGUAUCAGUGCUUCUUACAAACGUAUUCAAAUGUAUGAAGCCUCAACGAUAGUAAAUCCACCAAUUCAACAUAUUGACAGUGCUUUUGUUCAGUUUGUAUUCGACAAUACUGACCAUAAUGUUGGAACAUUAGAUGGUCACGAAACGUUUCAUUGCUUAGGAGGUGUCGCAGUUUAUACUUCAGAUUUUGAAGUUGUGGUAGAGGGUGGUUCACAAAAAUGUUCAAAAAUGCCAACAGCUGCAGAGAUAGCUUCGCAUAAACAAAUAAAAACAUACCCCUGUAGCAAAAUUGAUUCACAUGCGUUGCAUAAUAUCAAAUAUAUUUCUGUGAAUAACCUUCAUUUAGGCAAUCGGCCAAUUUUCCCAGAGCAUUAUACAGGAUAUGCAUGGGGUAAAGCUGUGGAAAUCUCGAUCUUACCGUCUUGGAAAGGCUUCAUGGAAAUUUUGUCACAAGAUAAAAUAUUUGCAUUAUCCAACAUAACUUGCUUACCUUUUAUAAACCAGCCACCGUCCAACUUAACUACAUUAAAUACGGCUCUGCAUUAUGCAGUUGCAGAAGCUCGUAAAGUAGAUCAAAGAACUAUUUUGAUCACUUUUGAUCAACCUUUAUAUUGGAAAGCUCGCUGUAUUGUUGCACAGUCGGAAAAUGGUGAAUUGAAAGAUGUCGUGAUUCGUUUAGGAGGUUUCCAUUUGCUAAUGUCAUUUUUAGGAGCAAUUGGUUACAUCAUGGACGGAAGUGGACUCGAAGAAAUGUGGUCAUUAUCUGCAAAUCAAUGAGUAACGUAGCUGGAGUAGAAGAAUUUAUUAAUGAAUUUUUUAGUAAUUGGAUGAAAAACCCUCCUUUGAUAAAAGACUGUAAAAGUAAUAAUUUUAUGAAACACUUAUUAACACGUGAUUCAACAAGUGCUAUAUAUAAUAAAGGUAAAAAAAGUAUUAUAACAUUAUUAGAAAAAAAUGAAGACUUGCAACAAUUAAUAUCCAUAUUUUAUAAGCCAUUCCAAAAUGUCGACGAUAUAUAUAGAGUUGCUGAAAAACUUAUGAUAAUAAUGUAUGGUGCAGAUGACCAAAAACUGACUCUACAUGAAUUAAGAUAUAACAUAUUUUGCACAUCUACAGCAAUUGCAAAAAAAGAAUUAUCUUUAUCGUCUUUACCGCCUACCGAUUCGGUAUUAAGAGAGCAUGCUAAAAGAGUAUAUUACCAAAUGCAGAUUUGGCUUGGAUUCGAUUUAGAUCCAGUAUUAUGGGGAUGGAAGAGAACGAGUAAUAUGCUACUACCUAUUAUGAAUCCUAAACCAGUUGCACCAGUCGAAUUACUGGAGAUGAUAUUUUGUGGAUGUAAAACAAAUUGUAACACAUCCCGAUGUUCGUGCAAAAAGGCUGGCAUAAAAUGUAGUUACAGUUGUAAAAAUUGCAAUGGCCAAAGCUGUGAAAAUGCUUCAAAUUCGCAUAAGGUCAUACUUGAGAGUGAUACAGAAGAGCGACAAGAUGAUAUAGAUGAUAUAGAAGAUAAUGAAAAUAUGUGGAAUGAUGAAAUAAAUGAUUUACAAGAAGAAGAUGUUGAUGAAUCACAAACUGAAAAUUAAAAAAUUUUGCUGAAAAAUUCUGUCAAUUCUAUUUACUAGAAUAAUAUAACCAUUUUAUUAUAUAUUAAAUUUUUACAAUAAUCAUAUUUAUUUA